CUUCAAUCAUAAACUAUGAGCACUGAGAGUGAUUCAAGCCAGCAUUUAAUGAAUGGAGACUCUGACUACAGUUUAGAUCCUCCACAGAGCUCAAGGCUAGACUCGCCAUUGGCUGAAAGUAGAUCCUUCAAUGAUUUAAAAGAUUCGGUAUCUGGUGUCUCUUCUCACCACACAGAAGAGUCAACCAGCCGCCCAAAACCGCCUUCAAACCUCCAACUAUCUCAGGAGCCGAGAGUCUACUCGCCUACAACAUCCGCUUCGUCCACUCUUCAGUCGACGACACAGGGCUACUCACCCACCACAUCAGCGUCGGCCACUCUACAUUCAACGACACAGGGCUACCCAUCAACAGCUCCCCUGCGACGCGUCGACAGUCGCUCGUUUCAACCGGCACCACCGCAACCGCGCUCCCAGAACGCACCCAACUUCCAGCCGGCGGUGCAAAACUGGCAACCGCGCACCUCCAACUCCGGCCAGUUCAGUCCGGUUGAGUACCGGCCUCCUCCCCAACAGUACCAACCUAAUCAACAAUACCAAUCCAACCAGCAGUACCAACCUGCCAACCAACAAUACCAGUACCAGUACCAACCGCGACCUCAACCACAAUACCAGCAGGCUCCAACCUCAGCAGCUGAUUCAGUGAGGAAAUCCCUUGCUUCCUUCAGUCCUAGUUCUCCCACUUCCCCGCCCCAAACUAGUGCCCCCUCGCCUAGGCCAGUUGUACCAGGAGGUCUCAACCUAAGACGUGCUUCCCCUUGGUCACUGUUGAGAGAAAAAUUCCCUCCUUCAGACGUAACUCGUCCCCGUCUGAGAUCCUUUCAGUAUCCCAACUACUCAACAAUGAAUCCCCAACCUAUACAAACUCCCCCUCCUCCCGCCCAACAAAAUCCCACCCAGGAUCUCCAAAGGAAGCCUGAGAAUGAACCACAAAGAGCUACUUACCUCCCACAGGAGCCAGCUAAGAACAUGGAUAUGAUGAGAAUGAGAUCUCCCAUGAUGCAGCAGAACAAUGGCAGAGACAGUCCGACUUUGGGAGGUGGAGGAUCUCCCCAGUACUCAUCCCCAUCACCACAAGGCGCGCCAUCCCCAAGGCCACCAGCUGCCCCCAUGCAGCGGACUGACUCCAUGUCAGCGAUGAGGAACGACCCAAGACUCCAACAGCCGUACGUUCCACGACCUCCCAGAUCUCCCAACAAGUUCGAUGAGGACGACGUUGUCAUGGGAGAUCCGCGCAUGAAUAUGGGCCGAGGCUCGCCACGUCCCCCUGUGCCCUUCAACAAGUUCCCCGGACAAGAUCUGCCCAAGAACAUGACUUCUCCACCGCCUGGGGAACCAGUAAAGUACAUGACUAGACCCGAGACUCCUGACAGGAACUCUCCCAUGAACCAAACCUACACUCGAUCACCACUACCCAACAACUACCAGAACUCCCCACUGGGGACACCAACUCCUCCUAACUAUGGAACCCCCAAGAUGUCUCCCUCACCAAUCAUGAUGGGCACCCCGUCUCCACAAUCAUACCUCUCCAAGUCUCCCAACCCACCUUCCCACGAGUCUCCCAACAUGAUGUCUGGCAAGACCACCCCCGACCAGUUAUCAAGAACCCCUGAAAUCCCCAAACCUUCCCCAACACCCCCUCCACCAACUAAACCCCCUGAGGUACCCUCUAAACCUCCCGAGACACCUUCCAGAAGCUCCACGCCAUCAGAACGGCCUUCAACUCCGUCCAAAAUCACACCACAAUCGAGCAACGAGAGGCCCAACACUAUCAGGAGAUCUCCAUCAGGCCGAGAUACACCCUUCUUCAACGGUGUUUCAUCAGAGAACUCGUCAGGCAGAACAUCGCGAACUGAGUCCAGUCAAGAGGGAGUCCUCAACGCUAAGAACUUGGAGAAGUCUGAUGAAAAUCGAUCCACACCUCAGCGAAAACGAUUGAUCUCUUCAAGCAAAUCUAAAGAUGGCGAUCACGAUAGUGGAGUAGACGAAUCGACACAAGGAAAUGAAGCCACAACUAAUGGAGACAUUGGAUCACCGAAGAAAUCGCCAACCAAAAUUCCUGCACCAAAAAAACUGUCCAUGACGUCACCGACAAAAACACCAACAAAGACCACCCCAAAAACACCGGAAGCACCCAGCGCUGAUAAGAAAAAAGUGCCAAUGAACAAGGUGCAGGUGGGGGCAGCACCUUCGCCCAACUUGAAAACGGUCACAUCGAAGAUCGGCUCAUUGCAGAACACCUCCUACAAGCCGGGCGGUGGGAAAGUCAAGAUCGAGAACCGAAAACUGGACUGGAAGGCGCAGCCCAGAAUAGCCGCCAAAAACGACACCUACACCCCUGGCGGUGGAGACAAAAAGAUCCAACAGGUGAAACUGCAAUGGAACGCCAAAUCGAAAAUAGGAUCGCUGGAGAACACAACGCAUAAACCAGGCGGUGGAGACAAGAAAAUCGAAUCGGUCAAAUUAGAUUUCAAAGACAAGGCGAAGCCGAAAAUCGGAUCCAAAGAUAACAUGAAACAUCAGCCCGGGGGCGGAACUGUCAAGAUCGAAGAUCAGAAACUAGAAAUCAAGGCAUCGUCGAAGAUCGGCUCACUGGACAACGUGAAACACCGACCGGGUGGCGGCGACAAGAAAAUAUUCGACGACAAGGAGUAUCUGAAGCAGAUGGGCGGAGCCAGCAAAACGGGCAGCGAGGGACCCUCAGGCACUCAGGGAGAGGACGGCGCAUCAACGGACGUAUCACGGAACACUUCACGGCAGGCAUCACGGUCAAGGGACAGACGACAGUUGUCUCAGUCGAGCAUAGUGCGGGAGGGCGGACACCAGUCCCGCAAGCGGACGCGGGACAACACCCUCAACGAAACCAACAACAACGGGGUGCUAUCCUCAAACAAAUCCGAGGAAGCUGCGGCAGAGGAAGACGAGGAGGAGAAGAACAAUGGAGAAGUAGGAGAAGAAGAAGGAGAGAAGGUGGUGGAGGAAGCGGUGGAAGAGGAGAAGGAGAAGAACGAAGAAGAAGAGAGCCAAGAAGAGAAGAAGGACAAUGAAGAAGGAGGAGAAGAGUGUGUGAAUGUGGUAGAGGAAGAGAGCCAAGAGGAUGAGAAGAAGAAGGAUGAAGAAGAACAAGGAGAAGAGAGUGCGAAGGUAGUACAGGAGCCAGUGAAAGAGACCCAAGAAGAAAAGAAGAACGGAAAGCAAGAAAAGGAGGGAGAACAAGAGGAAAGUGCAAAAGUGGUAGAGGAAAGCCAAGAGAAGAAUGAAGAACAAGGACAAGAAGGAGGAGAAGAGAGUAAAAAAAUAGUAGAGGAACAAGUAGAAGAGUGUCAAGAAGCGAAAGAAGAGUCGAAGGAGAAAAAUGAGUCAGUAGAUGAAGAGAGACAAAAGGUAGAGGAAGAAGCAGGGGAGAAGGAAGAAGAGAAACAGAAGGUAGAAGAAGAUGCAGGAAAGAACGAAGAAGCAGUGGAUGGAGAGAGACAGAAGAUAGAGGAAGAAGCAGGAGAGAAGAAGACAGUAGAUGGAGAGAAAAAAGUUGUGGAAGAAAAACCUGAGGAGAAAGAUGUACCAGUAGAAGAAGAGUGUAAGAGAGAGGAAAAAGAAGAGAAAGAAGAUGUGAAAGGGGUACAAGAAGACGUAGAGGGUCAAAAGGUGAAAGAAGACAAAGAAGUAAAGAAAGAGAAAGAGGAAACAAGAGAGCCAAAGAAAGAGAAUGAUUCUGAUGUAAAAGAGACUGAAGGUGGAAGGGACGUUUUAGUUGAGGAGGUGAAUAAGGAUGUUGAUGCAAAAAAUGGCGGAGGACAGAAUGUGGAAGGAAAACAGGAGGAAGUGAAAGAAAAAAUUGAGACUGAUAAAGGUGCGACUGGAGACAAAGAAGUUGAUGAGGGAGAGAAGGUUGGAGGCAAAGAGAAAGUUGAUGAAAAUAAGGAGAAGGAGGACAAUAAGGUGAAAGAUGAAGAAAAGGAGAAGUUGGAAGAUAAAGUGAAAGAUGAAGAAAAGGAGAAAUUGGAAGAUAAAGUGAAAAGAUGAAGAAAAGGAGAAGUUGGAAGAUAAAGUGAAAGAUGCAGAGGAUUUGAAAGAUGAUAAAGGAGACGUACAAGAUAAAGUAGUGAAAGAUGGAGAGGAAAAGAAGGACGAAAAAGAGGGAGAAGGCAAAACAGGUACUGAUAAAUGUGAGACUGAUGUGGAAAACAAAGCUAAAAAUGUGAAAGAGGUGGAAAAAGAGAUUGAGACUCAAGAAAAGUGUGAAUCUGUGGCGAAAACUGAAUCAGCUGACGAACAACUUUCAAAGAAAGAGGAGAAACAGGUAUUGGGAGAAUCAGGGAAAGAAGAGUUGAAAGAAGAUCCUGAUAAAUUGGGAACAACUGCAAGUGCUGAGAAGAAAGCAUCUCCUAAAGAAGAGAAGGGAAAGGAGGAAACAGAAUCAACUAAAAGUGAUGA